AAUCCAUCUUCUCUUCCGAUCUAAAUCCUUCGUCUGGAGAAACCCUAGCGGCGAAACCCUAGAAGUUGAUCUCCGUCCGUGGUAUCCGAAGCUCUAGAUCGCCAUUAAUGGGUUUCGAGGUGGGCGUAGUGCCCUUCAAUCCUGAUGGAUGGGGGCCUCCAGAUACCCCUGCCGUCCCCCUCCUCUCCCGCCGCGACACUGCCGGCUCCGCCACCGUGCAGCCGGCCAACAUCCCCUUCGCCCCUUUCUCACGUUCCGAGAAGCUUGGACGCAUUGCUGAUUGGACUCGCAACCCUAAUUUCUCCAACCCUCGACCUGGCGCCAACCGCGACUCCGUCUUCGACUUCGCUUUGGAUGAUUUGGCCGCGGGCGUGACGGCGGAUGACGAUUCUUCGUUCCGAUUGGUCGAUGGGAAGCCCCCGCCGCGUCCCAAGUUUGGCCCCAAGUGGCGGUUCCAGCAGCGUCCUCAACUCCCCCAGCGACGCGAUGAGGAAGUCGAAGCACGCCGCCGCGAGGCCGAGAAGGAGCGUGCACGCCGGGAUCGGCUUUACCACCACAACCACCGCUCCUCCGGCCCUGCAUCUAAUGCUCACCAUGGUCCUCAGCGCCGCGAGGCCUCUUCUCUCAAAUCUUCCGUCGAUAUCCAGCCUGAAUGGACGAUGCUCGAUCAGAUCCCCUUCUCUACCUUCACUAAACUCUCCUUCUCCGUCCCCGACCCCCCGGAAGACCUUCUGAUUUGCGGUGCCCUAGAGCUCUACGACCGCUCCUACGAUCGCGUCAACCCUAAGAACGAGCGCCGCCUGGAGCGCUUCAAGACCCGGAACUUCUUCAAGGUCACCACUACCGACGACCCCGUCAUCCGGCGCCUCGCCAAUGAAGAUAAAGCCACCGUCUUUGCCACCGAUGCCAUCCUCUCUGCCCUUAUGUGCGCCCCGCGCUCUGUCUACUCAUGGGACAUCGUCAUCCAGCGCGUCGGCAACAAGCUUUUCUUUGACAAGCGCGAUGGUUCCCAGCUUGAUCUUUUGUCAGUGAAUGAGACCUCUCAGGAGCCGCUUCCUGAGGCAAAGGAAGACAUCAACUCUGCACACUCACUUGCCGUGGAGGCUACUUACAUCAACCAGAACUUCUCACAGCAGGUGCUCGUCCGUGAUGGCAACAAGGUCGCCUUUGAGGAGCCCAACCCCUUCGCUGCUGAUGGGGAGGAGCUUGCCUCUGUUGCAUACCGCUACCGAAGAUGGAAACUUGAUGAUGACCUUCAUUUGGUUGCUCGCUGUGAGGUCCAUAGUGUAACUGAAGUUAGAGGGCAGAGAUCCUUCUUAACCCUAAAUGCACUUAAUGAGUUUGAUCCUAAGUACUCUGGGGUUGACUGGAGGCAAAAGCUUGAGACACAGAGGGGUGCUGUGCUUGCUACAGAGCUCAAGAACAAUGCCAACAAACUUGCCAAGUGGACUGCACAGGCUCUUCUUGCAAGUGCUGAUUUGAUGAAGAUUGGAUAUGUCUCAAGAGUUCAUCCGAGAGACCAUUACAAUCAUGUGAUUCUCAGUGUGAUUGGUUACAAGCCGAGGGAUUUUGCUGCCCAGAUCAAUUUAAAUACUUCAAAUAUGUGGGGCAUUGUUAAAUCAAUCGUAGACCUGUGCAUGAAGCUUAAUGAGGGGAAGUAUGUUUUGGUGAAGGACCCGGUGAAACCACAGGUGAGGAUCUAUGAGGUGCCAGCGGAUGCAUUCGAGAAUGAUUAUGUGGAGGAGCCAUUGCCCGAGGAGGAGCAAGUUCGACCACCCACUGAGGAGGAGAAUCCGGAAGCAGCCAUGGAUGCAGUUGCUGAGACCGAGGCUGCCAAGGAUGCGGUAGAUGAAGCUGAGGUCGAGACAGAUGCUACUCCUGCUGCUGUUUGACGGUUAUCCCUAAUCUAUCUCUGAAUUUUGGUCUAAGAAUGUGAGAUUUUGUUGUUGUUGGGAAUCUUUGGAAGCAUUAGUAAUAUUACUAUUUUUGUUUUCUGUUCACAAGAAGGUUGCUUUACUAAUGGUGGUAUUCUUAGCAUCCUCUAUAAUAGUUGUUAUUUAAUGAGCUUUGACUUUCAUGGGUAAGACAUUUCACUUUUGCUUUGAAAGUCACUCUUUUGGGUCGUGAUAUUAUUUGGAUGAUUUUAUUUAAA